AUGAGGCUCCAUCUGGAGAAGCAGCUCCUCUUCCUCUCCCUCCUCUGCAUCCUCUCCAAGGUGUGUGCCCAGAUGUGCCGGAGACCGUGCUACUGCCCCUGGGUGCCACCCCGCUGUCCCCGCGGGUCCCCCCUGGUCCUGGACGGCUGCGGCUGCUGCAAGAUCUGCGCCCGGCGCCUGGGAGAGCCCUGUGACUUCCUCCACGUCUGCGACCAGAGCCAAGGCCUCGUCUGCGACUACAGCACAGCACCCUCAGGGACAGGAGCCACCUGCAACUUUGAAGACGGUGAGGAGGGCUGCGAGGUGAACGGUCGGGUCUAUCGAGACGGGGAGGUUUUCCAGCCCAGCUGCAAACUCCAGUGCCGCUGCCUGGAUGGGGGCUUCACUUGCGUCCCACUCUGCCAGGAGGACGUCCGGCUGCCCACCCCGGACUGCCCCUACCCACGGCGCGUGGAGGUCCCCGGGAAGUGCUGCCCUGAGUGGAUCUGCGAGGCCCCGGACCGGCACCUCCUCCGGGAUGCUGGGGCAGCCCCCGGGGCAGCAUCCCCACUGCUGCCGUACCCCUGCCAGGAGUGGGGCACGGAGUGGAGCGCCUGCUCAGCCACCUGCGGCCUGGGCUUCUCCACCCGCAUCUCCAACCAGAACCGCUACUGCAGGCUGGAGACCCAGAGGCGGGUCCCUGCCCAGCCCUGCCAGCAGCAUCCCCGGCG